AUGUCGGAGUCCGGUGACGCGGCGCCGGGCCGGAACCACGGCCGGCGCCGGCGCAUCCUCAUCUGGGUCGGCUUCGCCGUGCUCGUUCUGCUGCUCGUCGCCGCGGCGACCGCCAUCGCAGCGCUCGCCGUGCUCCGGCCACGCGACCCGACCACGGAGCUGCUCUCCGUGAACGCCACGGGCGCCACCCCGCGCGUGGUGGCGCUGCCCGCCGUCUCCGUCCAGCUCAACGUCACCUUCCUCCUCGUCGUCCGCGUGCGCAACCCGAACCCGGCGGAGUUCCGCCACGGCGCCGCCUCGACGUCUCUCCUCUACCGCGGCGCGGAGGUCGGCGCCGCCGAGGUCCCCGCCGGGACGGUGCCGAGCCGCGGCGCGGCGACGCUGAGGCUGAACAUGACGGUGCAGGCGGACCGCUUCGUGGCGGCGGCCGGGAUCGGAGGCCUCCUCGGGGACGUGCUCGCCGGCGAGAUGGAGUUCGAGGCGAGGACGGAGGUGCGUGGGCGGGUCAAGCUGCUCGGCGUCGUGAGGCGGAGCGCCGUGGCGAGGUCGCUGUGCCGCGUCGUGAUCGGCGUCGCCGACGUGAAGGUCCGGCGCCAAGAGUGCCACAACGAGUCCAAGCUGUGA